AUGGCGACGUCCAGCAUGAUGAAUAGUCUUAAAAGAACUGAGGAGGUUCUGUUGAUAUCAACAUGUGGAGCUGAAGACCAGAACUGGAAUGUGGGUGUGUGGGAUGCUAAGACAGGCAGUUUACUACACUCUUAUCGAAAUGGCUCAGCAGCUCCUAAAUCUUUAUGUGUUCUUAAUGGAGAGUGCUUGGUGGCUUCCUCGCACUCAAAACCCAUCAUUCAUGCCUGGAGUAUGCUGAGACAGGGUCAGAAGCACCGUAAGCUGAUCUGUAGUGGCAAGGUAUCAUGUUUGACAGCAACUCCAGACAGUAAAUACAUCGCUGCAGGCAUAGAAGACAAAAUCCAUAUUUGGCAGGUGAGCACUGGAGAGUUGUUCAGUGUGUUGUCUUACAGUAGUGUGGAGCUGACAUGUCUGAAGUUUUCUGCCUCUGGCCAACACCUGGUGUCAGGGUACAGAGAUGGAGCAGUGGCUGUGUGGGAGUUACAGGAUGUGCUUUACUUGGACCCCACACAGUUAGAAGGUCACAGCCCAGUGAACACAUUUCUAGGUCAUGGCGGAGAAAUCACCGAUGUACACAUCACUUUGUCUGGCCAAGUAGCAUCUUCAUCACUGGAUUUUACAGUUCGGCUAUGGAAUCUUCUGUCUAAAGAAGAGCUAAAAAUGUUUGAACUCGGGGCACCCAUCACUUCUGUUGUGGUGGACCACCCUUCACUGACCCUGUAUGCUGGAGACAUCAAUGGGAAUGUUUACUGCAUUGACCUUCACUAUCAGGCAGCAGAGAGAUUGCUUCAUGUUGAUACCAGUGAGAACACCAGUGGAUUUACUUGUCUCAAAGCACAUUUGUCUCGUGUGACACACAUGGCUCUAAUGCGUGACCAGUCGAAACUUGUGACAGCAUCUGAUGACAAAACUGUGAAGAUCUGGAGCAUGAUGUCUUCUGUGGCACCACUCACAAUCACCCUGAAUGAAAAAGUGAGUAAUCUGGCAGUGCUUGCUACACCACAAGCUUUAAUCAACCCUGAAGAGAAGCCACGAGUGCUCAUUGGAAAUUUGAAACGUGAACUGCACAACACAGAAGAAAAUAAAUGUGAUGAUAUUUUCCUGGACAACAGAAUCUGCUAUAAGCUGCCUAAAUUGUGUGGUAUGUCUUCAAUAACAAGUGAUGAGCCAUCAGUUACAGAGAAACCUGAGGCUUUGAAUGAAUCACUAGUGAGUUCUGAGGAAGUGGAGUCACUGAAACAGAAGGCCAACAAGUUGAAGAAAGCCAAUGAGGAAAUUUAUAAUUUUGCUCUGAAAGAAAUAGUAAAAUAA